AUGUUUGCUUUCGUCCUCGGGGCUCUCCACAGCUUCGUGGAGCACAUCAAACACUUCGACGUUCAGUUUGGACGUCAGAAGAUGCCUAUCAAGCCCCUUGGGACCAUUGUACCUAUUGGGGUCGUCAGUAUUUUGUUCUUCAUGUGGGGUCUUGCCUAUGGCUUGUUGGAUAUCAUGAACUACCACGUCAAAGUUGCCAUGGGCAUUGGCCGUGGGAUGGCUGCAGGCCUCGCGGCUGGCUACUAUGUUGCAUACAUCCCUGGAUCCCUUCUCAUCGGAGGCCCUUUGGUCAAGAAAUGCGGUUACCGAGUCGCCAUGAUCGUUGGUCUUGUCACUCUUGCCUUUGGCGACCUUAUGAUGUCGGUCGCCGCCCGGGGUUGCAGCUUUGGGGGGAUGGUGGCCGCGCAUUUCGUCGUUGGGCUUGGUGUCUCGACUCUGGAGCGCUCGGCAAACCCUUACGCCGUCAACUGCGGUCCUCGCGUGCAAGCACCCUUGCGCAUCUUGAUCGCCCAGGCAUGGGCCGGGAUCGGAACGGUUGUGGCUCCCUUCCUCGCCAACGCUUUUGUUUUCAAUCCGGACACAUCAUCACGGGCACCGGCAACAGACCCAUUCCACCCCGGAAAAUGUCUCAUGCCGGUCGAAGAUAAGACCUCCUCCUGCGACAACCUCGGAACCGUCAUAACGUUCUACCGCGUGCUUGCAGGUGUCAUUUUUGCCAUCGCCCUGCUUCUUACUCUCCUCUUGUUCCGCACCAACGUGGUUCCUGAGGUGGAGGUGCCACCGGCCCCGGCCGUGGACUGCGGCUGGAAAAAGUGGAAGCACCCUCUGGUCUCAUGGCGGUACUCUCGAGUUUGGUGGGGUGUUGGUGCCAACUUUUUCAACCUUGGCUGCCAGGUAACCUUUGCUCAAUUUUUCAUCGAGCACAUGAAGGUCAACGCGUGCGCCAGCGAUUCAUGGGCAGCCACUUGUAUGUCCAUUGCGCAGUCUGCCUUUGUCGUCGGUCGUUUCACUGCCGCGGCGGCUGUGUCGACACCCAAGGUCAAGCCCCGGUUGGUUCUCGUCUUCUUCAUCGCUGGUGCUGUUGCGACGACCGCCGCCGGCACUUCCAUCACAGGCGUCACAGCCAUUGCCUUGGCCGUCAUGGUCAUGUUUUGGGAGGCACCUUCGUUCCCGAUGGUCUUCGAGAGUGCAACAGCGGACUACGAGCAGUGGACUUCAACCUGUGAGACUCUCAUGAUUCUCAGCAUCUCUGGCGGCGCCGUACAGCCUGCGCUGAUGAGUCAGCUCGUCGACUCCGUUGGCAUCUCACCUGGAUGGUGGUUGACGGCUGGCUGUUUCCUGUUGGUGUUUACGUACCCCCUGGCGACGAAUUUGAUUCCGUCAUACAGACGCGCGGUUGACAAGGCAGUAGUGAGUGCUGACGGGGGUUCCGAUGGCGAUGUGGAAGCUAAGUCGGAGCCUGGCCACAUUUCAAUGGUGUCCAGUAAUAGCACAGGCCAGAUUGACGGUGUUGAGCCCACCUUCGAGCCACCCAUCAGGCCUAAAUACAACGGGUUUUGGCCUCGCGGACGUAGUGGACGGGUGUGA